AUGGAAAUUAUCUCUCUUGGAAUCGAAACAACUUCAAACACUUUUUCUAUUACUUCAACAUUUAUACGAGGAGCAACUAAUGUUGCUGAUGUUAUAGCAUUAUUCGUACCUCUCGUAAACAACAUUACCGAUGCUGUUAAAGAAAUUCUUAACCUUUGUGAAACUGUCGAAUAUAACAAGAGGAUUUGUGGUACUUUAUUGGAACGUGUAUUAUUUGCUGAAGCCGCUACGAAAGCUUUAAU